AUGUUGUUCUGGUUUCAUGACCGCUACCUUUAUGCACAUGACUUUAUGGAUAAAUGGUCCUACUUAGGGUGUAUAAAGGACCUGGAAAAGGUUGUGCCCCUCGGGUCCCUGAUGCCACCCAAUGUUGGAUUAUUUUAUCCAACAUUGCAUCAUGUUGCUGACAACGUGUUCUCUUUGCUCUGCCUUGAGUAUUUUUCCGGUACACACCAAGCUACCCUGCUGCAUUGCGUCAAGUUUAGUAUCUCUGGCCAAGGAGGUGAAGAUGUAGACUUGAAUCCCACUGUUAUGUCUGCCAAGGCUUAUGCUAUUCAGACGCCAAUGAAUAUCCUCGAUGCAGUGGUAAUAUGCAUGGUGACAACUGUGACUAGACAAGUCGAUGACAUUUGGUAUACAGAGAAGAAAAUUAUGUUUCUGGGGCUAAACAGGACAUUCUGUUGCCAUUAGGGUAGUUUAUGUGGUUACAGUUUACAAAUUAACGUAUGGGGAUUGCAUUAGUGUGGUUGGCAGCUACAUGUCCUAGUUCAUGGUGGUUGAUAACUUAAUCUACAUAAACACAACACAAAGGUUGGUGCACUGAGAGCCCUGAGUGGGUGAUCAACGAAACGACUCGCAGCAUUCUUCUUUGCGAAUCGAUCAUGUUUCCGGCAUCUUCUUCGCCGUUGUCGUCCCGACUGCAUCAGAAAACUGUGUACGUUUGAGCUCUCUCUCGAAAAGGACCAGGCAACUACCAAAUGGAAUCCUAUUCUGUGGCCAUAAAUCACGAUGUUCCGGAGGAGAAGAUGGCUCUGUAAGGGUUCUCACUCCGAUAAAGGCGGCAAACGUCCCUUUGCACGGCGGCUUUGCUGCGGUGGACAACAAGCUGUAUUGUUUUGGGGGUGAUCCCCCCCAGCAAGUAUGCAUACAAACCCGGGAGUAUUUAUCGACUGGUGCGUUCGCUCUAUACUUUUUAUACUAGCUGCUGUUUUUCCACGAAAUCCUCCCGGAAGAAACACGCUUCCAUGCGCAUUGCUAGGGUCUUCCCUCAUAUAGUGGUGGUCGACGGUAAAGUCUUUUGUGUUCGAGGGGGUUGAUGGUCCUGAUCUUGAUCCGAGACUGUGGGCUGAAGUAUUCGACACUAAAUCGGGUAGGUAGUCUUCUCUCUCUCAACCUUCACAAUUGUGUACACGGUAUGGUUUUUUUGGUGUUGCUUUAUGGCGACAUUAAGACGGCCGUGAGAUUAAGUCCGCAAAAUAAGGUGUUCAUAGCAACAUCGGCUUAUUGUGAGCACAUUAAUCUAUUAAUUGGGAAUUUAACCAUUAUAAUCUUUGCAAUUUCAGUUUUGGCAUUUUCUUA